AUGUUUCGUUUUUAUUUUAAUUGUCAUCGUUGGAAACCAACACGUGAUCAAUGGAUCUAUGCAAAUCGUUGUUUGCCAAUCGACGAAUUGAAACGCAUAGAUGAAUAUGUACUUCAACGUGAUGUAAAAUUUACCCUUGUUGGCCAAUUACUAAUUCGUUUUCUUUUGAGUCGAGUAUUCAAUGAGAAUAUUACGUCAUUUGAUAUCAAACGCUCGAAAGAUAAUCGUCCAUUUAUUGAAUCAAAACCAUCGUUUGAUUUCAAUGUUUCACAUCAUAAUAGAUUAGUAUGCAUUGCUGGUACAUUCGAUGGACAAAUUGGUUGUGAUACAAUGAUUUAUCAAGGAGAACAUAUUAAAAAAUUAAAUUAUAAUUUAAUUCGAAAAAAAUUUACAUUAAAUGAAUACGAUUGUAUCAUGAAAAAUCCAUCAAAUUUUUAUCGGUUAUGGUGUUUAAAAGAAAGUUAUGUUAAAUGGUUAGGUAUUGGCGUUGGUUUUCAAUUAUUAAGAUUAAAUUUUCAUAUUAAAACAAAUGAAUUCAAUAGAGCGAAAGCAAUUAUAUCGGAUACAAGAUUAGAAAUAGACAAUAAAUUAAUAAGUAAUAAUCUUCGUUUUGAUGAACAAAUUAUAUUUUUAUCAGAUAAUGAACAACAAAUAAUAACUUUAUGUUUAUCAACGAAUAAUCAUUGCCAAUCAUUUGUUGAAUUAACUAUUGAUGAUAUUCUUCGUGGUUGUACAUCAUUUCAUAGGAAUAAAGAAGAUGAUUUGAUAUCCUGGGAGAGAUUUCAAAUGAAAAGACAAACAGAUAUAAUUUAA